AUGUUUCUAACCAGUUCAAAGUUCAAAUUUAUCGAUAUUAAGAAUUUCCUCGCACCAGGCCUGAGUUAUGAAAAAUGGUGCAAAUCGUUGGAGUGCAAUGUCAAAAAAUUAGUGUUUCCAUACGAGUGGUUAACAAGCUACGAAAAGUUGGACCAUGUGGGCCCAGUCGAUCAUGAGGCGUUUUAUAGCACUCUCAGUGGUAAAAACACACUAUCAAUUGAAGAUUACCAGGCUUUCCGGGAUGAGUUUUUUAAAAGAGAAUGCGUGACGAUGCUGCAUUGGUUAGCCGAAUACAAUAUGGCGGACGUAAUACCAUUUAUCGAGGCCGUCGACAAGACCCACAAUAUAUACUACGAGGGUGAGAUUGACAUUUUGAAGGAUGCCGUGAGCAUUCCGGGUGUGUCGAUGCGCUACGUUGUAAACAAAUCAUUGCGGUUGAACCAUGAUAUAAAUCUUUAUGCCCCAGGGGAUCCCUGUAAGCAUAAAUGUGAGGCUUGUUGCACCAAAGCUCGAUGCGAGGAUUGUAAACAGGUUCAAAAAGAUCGUACAUAUUGUACAGAGAACGAGGCGUAUGAGCUCCUGCAAACAGGCAUGGUGGGUGGUCCCGCGAUAGUAUUUUGCAGAUACCACGAGAGGGAUGUUACAGGUAUUAGAUCGCAUAUUUAUAACGAACCGAAAAAAUGUAGGACCAUCCUGGGGUAUGACGCCAAUAUGCUCUACCCUAGCACCUUGAUGCAGGACUUCCCUUGUGGGAAGGAGAAGCUUAUCAGGAUUGCUGAACCAACAGAAGGCUUGGAUUCUAUGGCGCGAGACAUUAUCGAUGGAUCACUCUUCGGUUUUUGCCAGGUUGAUAUUGAAGUCCCAGCUAAGCUGUACGAAAAAUUCAGUGAAAUGUCACAACUAUUUGUGGUCAGGGAGAUCCCCGACAAUCAAAUCCCUCAGCAUAUGCAUGAUUAUUUGACCAAGACGGGCGAAAACUGGUAUCUUAAUCAUGGGUUGAAGAUUACGGCUUGCUAUCAAAUACUCAAGUACUCAAGGGGUAAACCAUUUGCAUGGUUCCCGGAGGAAAUCGCGAAUGCGCGUCGCCAAGCAGAUAAAGACCCCAACAAGCGCAUUGCUGGUGAUACUGCAAAAUUGAAAGGGAACUCGUUCUACGGGAAGAUGAUAGAGGAUUUGGCGAGACAUAACAAUACCACAUUUACGAAGGAUGAAAAGGUAGUAGAUGCUGCAAUGAGAAGCCCCUACUUGGAGGAUUUGGAAGAGAUUGGAGACGCAUAUGAAUUAAGGCGGCUUAAACAAGGCAUUUCCAUUAACAGGGCGUACCAAUGCGGGAUAUAUGUAUAUCAAUCGGCUAAAUUGCGGAUGCUAGAAUUUUACUAUAAUUUUCUCGACAAGUACUUAGAACGACGAGAUUUCGAGUAUAUUUACAUGGACACAGCGUAUUUUGCCAUAUCUGGAGAGAACCUACGUACGAUGAGGAUGUGGCUCAUUGGCGCGUUACCGAUAAGCAUUCUAGUCGCACCGGAGGUUUGUUCAAAGAAGAAUUUUAUCGGAUUCAGAAUGAUAGCGCUGACAGGCAAGUGCUAUUUCGUCGAAGGUAAAUACGGCACGAAAUUUUCAUGUAAAGGAAUGUCCAAAAGGCAGAACGAAGUGACAUGGUUGAAAUAUACGGAGCAUUAA